AUGAAUCGAUAUCUUUUGAAGAAAUAUCGUUUGAUGUACACAAACCCUAACCAGCUUCUGCAAAAACAAAGAGCCAAACCUUACAGAACUGAAUCAACUGAUAUAUACCUACAGUCGUUGUCGGCGAAAUUGGACAUAAAAAACUAUGCAAACCAACAAAUAUCAAUUUUUGCAAUGUUAAACAAAGGAGUCGCCAAUAAAGCCCUAUACAAUAACGUUGAUGACAUCAAAAAACGAUACAACAUCAACAAUUUAACUGAGCUCUCAAAGAACAUUAAAAAUGUAACUUCAAGCAAAAGCACAGAGACUAAGGAGAUUCACAGAACGGCACCUGAACUGAAAAAGGUUCACAACUUUUGGAUUAAAAGCUUUGAUUUUUUGCACGGAGAACUGGCUAGACAAAUGGGUAAAGCUAUCAGAAAUCCAGACAAUCUGACAAACUGUUUCACUGACGGCGUAACUGCUCUCAAAACGUAA